AAGAUGGAAAGACUCAAGCUAAUUCCUUUGUAGAAUACUUCUCUGAAAAGGUUUCCUGUUAUGGCAAGUGAAAAGAACUCGAGCAAACUUGAUGGCAAAGACAAAGGGCAGUCUGUUUUAGAGUCUCAUGGCUUUACAGUUCACGAGACCGUCGGUCAUGGAUCAUAUGCCGCCGUAAAAUGUGCAUAUUCCAAUAAACACAAGUGCAAAGUAGCGAUCAAGGUGGUGUCCAAACGAAAAGCUCCUGAAGACUAUCUCGUCAAGUUCUUACCGCGAGAGAUACAGGUUGUCAAGCUUUUGAAACAUCCGAACUUGAUAUGCUUCCUGCAGUCAAUCGAGACUACCAGUCGCGUCUAUUUGAUUAUGGAGCUUGCGGAUAAUGGAGACUUGCUGGACUACAUCAAGGCCAACGGUGCUUGCCCGGAGGAACAGACAGGAAUGUGGUUUCACCAACUGGUUGAUGGCAUGGAAUAUUGUCACAACUUGGGCGUUGUCCAUAGAGACCUGAAAUGCGAGAACCUGCUGCUCAACAAAAACAAUAUGUUGAAGAUCACGGAUUUUGGUUUUGCCCGCAGCAAGAUGAAGCCAUCAGAACCUGGGAGAACCAUUCUUAGCGAGACCUACUGUGGAAGUUACGCAUACGCCCCUCCCGAGAUCCUGAGAGGAAUUCCUUACUGUCCGAUGCUGGGAGAUAUCUGGAGCAUGGGUGUCAUCCUGUACACUAUGUUGUACGGACGGCUACCAUACGACGACACCAACCACAAGGUUCUCCUGAAUCAGGUACAAAGACCUCCUGGAUUCCCCAACAGCAAGGUCGUCCCGGGUGACUGCAAGGACCUCAUCUGUAGAAUCCUGUCCCCUGCAAAACGGCGGAUCAACAUGGAAGAGAUUCAACAAAACGCCUGGUAUAUCAGGGUCACACCAACUGCUGGGAAACCUAAGAAAUCAGUCAUAACCAAGCAAACGGGGGAAGGUCAGAACACAGCUGCCCAAGAUAAGAAAGACUAAUACAUCGAUAGUUAAUAUGUUAAGUAGUAAAGUUUCCCAUACAAAUCUCGAGCUACUAUGCCAGAUACGAAUAAUGUGAUUUGAAGAAAAUUUAAUCAAAGUGUGGGGAUAAAUAAGAAUAAUAGAUAACAGAGAAGAAUAAAUGAAACUGUUCAGAAAAUAAAAUCAGAACUCAAAACCCAUGGUAAUUCACAAUACAAGGCAAUAAAGGAAAUGUGAAAGCAAGAAAUCACUACCUUGUUUGAUAUUUAUUUUAUUGAUAGCGUUAACAAAAUCUUGUUCGACUGAUUUUUUAUUAAAAUCUAUUUACACAUAUUUAUGACAUAUGCAAAUAAAAAUUGACAUGAUAUAUAGAUUUCCACGUUCAAUAUUGUUGACAGGGCAUUAUUAAGUUCAUAUUUUCAAAUAAUUACUCUCUGAUUAUCUGAACUUAAAGAUCACAUGCCAAAUCAUCUCCUUUAACUAUAUACAUGUAAUUUGACUGAACAUGUUUGAAAAGAUGUGACGAGUUGGGUAAGUUUCUCUCUUUUUAAUACAUUUAAUAUCGCUCUUUCUACAUGCUAAAUAGUGGUGAGAAUUCACUAUACUUAAAGAAAUCUAUGACUUAUUGAUAGUAGCUAGAAAGUGUUGAAACUAACAUUAUUGUGCUUACUGGUCUUCUGCAAGGAUAUGCAUGUACUAGUCAGAAACUAUUGUUCACUUAUACCACGGACCUACUACGGUCCAUGCUUAUACCAGACAGCUUGCCCCCAACCAUCAAUCAUUUACUGCAGAAGACAUUGUCACAAUCAUUUAUAAUUUUAUAGUCUAGAGGGCGCCAUACAAUUUACAGAACUAUCAAGAUUGUGUGCAAUGAAGGCAAACUGGAUAUUUGGUAGAGCAUAAAUGUGCAAUGGGUAACCAGGAGUACUGUAGGCAUCCAGCUAAGAAAAUAUUUAAAUGUAAAAAUAUCCUCGGAAAAUAAACAAUAAUUAUUUGCACAUUUAUCAUUAAUAUUCUCUCUUCUUCAAAUGGAGAAGGGUUGCCAAAUAAACCUGUGAGACAAGGUGUUGCAGGAAACUUCUAUCAAAUUACAACUGUGCAAUACUUAAUCAGAUUUAUUAAAUUAAUCAAUUUUUACUUUCACUUACUAGCAAGCAGGCCUGUAUCCAGUAGUGUGGCCAUUUUUUAUGCAUAUCAGAUAAUUUUUUUUAAUUUUGGUGGGUUUUUAACCCAGAGCAAAAAAAAAAAGAUUCAGUGAAAAGGGGAAAUGUUCGUGAUUUUAAUAAGUUUUAGUACCAUAUAUAUAGCGUUUGAAGCUAUUUCUCAAGAAAAUUAUAUUUCAAAGAUAAUACAUUUUAUUACAAAAAAAAAAGAUUUGAUAAAAAUUGUUAACUUUUCAUUUUUCAACAUUUUUGUGAUUCAAUUACAUGAUAUUUUACAAGGCUUUUUGUGAUAUUGCUCAACUAAAACCUGACAAAAGUCAACACUGACCAGCAAAUAAUUUAUUGUGCAAGAUGUUGGUUCGAUUCAAAGAUCUAUUAUUUAAUUGCAAUUACUGAAAAAUUCCUUGCAAUGUCCCCAAAAAUAUACUAAAAACCAUUGCAAGGAAGUAGUAUUUGAAAUAUGAUUAACAUAUAAUAC